UAUGUGUUCUCCCCUCUUGGAUUCUUCAUUGAGAGACCACAAACAUACCCUUUUAAGAUCCAAAAAUGCUAAAUUCUCCUUAGCCUUUCUUAAUCAAAUUCAGGUUUUGUUUAUAUUUCUUGGGGAUUCUUUAUGAACCACAUUUACCCACCAACUGGUACCACAAUUUCGAUAUCUGUUUAGUCACAAAGUUCCAACCUUUAGGGCUCCUGGAUUCGUUUCAUUGCAAAGUUUUUUAUUUUCUCGGCAGAUCAGAGCUCGGGUUGGCUGUGAUUGCGUGAUUUCAGCUUGUUGGGUUGCUGGGAAUUUCAAACUUUUCUGAUUUGUUGACUUUUCCGGUUGAAGUGUUGAUCAAUGGUGUUCAGACUGUCCGCUAUUGGGUUUUUUGCGUGUUUCCCGUAGAAGAUUGUUGAAAUUCCAUGCUUAGCUGAUAAAGUUUUGAUUUUAAGGCUCUAUUUUUUAAUUUGGCGACUCUGCAUGCGCAAGCAUUGAGGGCUCCUCUGCACAGGCGAAGAGGAUCCCAAAAUUGAGGUCUUUAAACCAUUUUUUUUAAAGUUCGAAUCAUACAACCGUGUCUGCAGCGACUUAUCCGUUGGAGAAGUAUCAGAGUUUGCUAAAUUUUGGACUAAUUUUGGGCGUAUGUGCGAGUAAAUUUGGGGUAAAAUGUUUAGCCCUGGUGCAGAUAGUGGACGUGACGGUAGUGGAGCUUCAAGACCAGUUUUGAUUCCAAUGCGGUUCGUGUGGGCUUAUGGGGGAAGAAGCGUCUAUGUUAGUGGUUCAUUCAGAAGGUGGUCUGAGAAUAUACCUAUGUCUCCAAUGGAGGGUUGUCCAACUGUGUUUCAAGUAGUUUGCAACUUAACUCCAGGAUAUCACCAGUACAAGUUUAUUGUGGACGGAGAAUGGCGGCAUGAUGAGCUACAGCCCUUUGUGAGCGGAACCAAUGGGAUAGUAAACACUGUUUUUUUAGCUAGAGAAUCAGAUAUGACCCCUACAAUUCUUCCUCAGGCUCCAGGCAGAUCUAACAUGGGGCUCAAUGAUGCCUACUUACGUCCAGAUACAACUCCAAGGAUCUCGGAUGCCGAUUUAAAGGUUUCUCGUCAGCGGAUAUCUGUGUUUUUAUCAGGACAGACGGCAUACGAGUUAUUGCCUGAGUCGGGCAAGGUUAUGGCCUUGGAUAUUAAUCUACCGGUGAAGCAAGCAUUCCAUCUCCUCUAUGAACAGGGAAUCCCCAUGGCUCCUCUGUGGGACCUCUGCAAAUGUCAAUUUGUUGGAGUUCUAAGUGCACUGGACUUCAUCCUGAUCCUAAGAGAGCUAGGAAAUCAUGGAUCAAGUUUGACGGAAGAAGAAUUAGGGAUGCAUACAAUAGCAGCAUGGAAGGAGGGCAAAGUACAACUUAACAGAAAAAUUGAUGACUGUGAAAGAGCAGUUCCUUCUCAUCUCAUCUCUGCUGGACCUGAUGAUUCACUGAAAGAUGUCGCUUUGAAGAUUCUGCAAAACAAUGUCUCAACAGUUCCCAUCAUCCAUUCUUCUGGACAAGAUGGUUCUUUUCCGCAGCUACUGCAUCUUGCUUGCCUUUCUGGAAUACUGAAGUGUAUAUGCAGACAUUUUAGACAUAGCUGUAGUUCCUUGCCUAUUCUUCGACAACCAAUUUGUUCAAUUCCCUUGGGGUCCUGGGUUCCAAAAAUUGGUGAAUCUAGUGGACGGCCAUUCACAAUGUUGAAACCAAAUUCUUCUCUUGAUGCUGCCCUGUCUUUGUUACUGCAGGCCGAUGUCAGUUCAAUACCUAUAGUGGAUGACAAUGACUUGUUGCUGGAUAUUUAUUCUCGAAGUGAUAUUACUGCUUUGGCAAAGGAUAAAGCCUAUGCUCAGAUUCGUCUUGAUGAAGUUACUAUUCAUCAGGUAUUGCAACUGGGACAAGAUGCGAAUUCUCCCUCUGGCUUCUUCAACGGGCAGAAGAGAUGUCAGAUGUGUUUGAGUUCUGAUCCUCUGCAAAAAGUCAUGGAGCGGUUGGCAAACCCUGGGGUUAGAAGACUCGUCAUCGUUGAGGCAGGCAGCAAGCGUGUACAAGGGAUCAUCUCUUUGAGUGAUGUGUUCUGGUUCUUGCUUGCUACUUGAGGGGGGUAUCUAAUGGUGGCUGGGACAGAGAUAAUGUAUUUGACUGGGGCCAAUUUUCCCUGCAGAGAUUUUACGAAGACUAAGAUUGAUUUGAAAAGGGAAACACAAAACCCAAACUGAAAAGGAAGAGCAGUAAAGAAAAUCUUGGAUUUUUUUUUUCCAAA